AUGUGCACAGGCACAGUGUUCUUUCAGUUACCUGAGACUCGCUCGGCAGCUGGAGCCAUGAUGAAGAAAGAGAAAGGCAGAAAAUGUAGAGAUUUAGACAGAGAGAAAAGUGAAAGAGAUGAUAACUUGGAUAAGGAGCUGCUGUCUUUUGCAAAGCGAAAGUGGAUUGAUUCAGAUGAAAAAGAACAACCGGUGAAGAAGCCUACUGGAACUUCAGAUUAUGAAACCUUCGACAUUGGUAACGAGUGGACAGUUGGUGAGACUAAAAAUAAAAAUAAAUGGAAGCCAGGAAAAGGUGCAGAGAAGGAAGGAGCCAUGAAGAACCAUAUAAAUGCAACAGCCUCUUACUGCAGUUCUUCCACUGGCACUUCGGCUCAGAGCUUUAUACUAGAGGAAGAUGAGGUCUCAGGCUGCAACAACAUCCUAUCAAAAUAUCUACCUAUCUCUUUACCUGAAGAAUUAAAUAAAAUGUGGUUAUCUCGUCACAAGCUGGAACGCUGGUGCCAAAUGCCAUUCUUUGACAAAAUUGUUUCUGGUUGCUUUGUGAGAAUUGGUAUUGGCUAUUGUAACAACAAACCCGUGUAUAGGGUAGCAGAAAUCACUGAUGUGGUAGACACCGGCAAAGCUUAUCAACUUGGAAACACAAUUACAAACAAAGGCCUGACGUUACGGCAUGGCAGCGACCAGAAGGUUUUCCGAAUGGAAUUUGUUUCAAAUCAGGACUUUACUGAGAGUGAGUUCAUGAAAUGGAAGGUGGCAAUGUUCUCUGCUGGUAAGCAACUCCCCACCCUAGAUGAGAUGAACAAAAAAGAACUUUCCAUAAAAGGGGCCAUGAACUAUAAAAUCAAUGACCAGGAAAACAAAUAUGUACUGAAAGAAAAAGAGAGGUUCAGAAAAGCACCAUCUAACAUGAUGAAGAAAAUGCAAUUUAUGGAGGUAAAGGACUUAGCAGAAGAAGUUGCAGACCAAGAAAAGGCAAAUCAGAUCAAGGACCAGCUAUAUAAAUUAGAGAAAAAAGCAGAGUCCAUGGAUUGGCAGCAAGCAAGGACAAUCUCUACCAUUAGUUAUAUAAAUCAGAGAAAGAGGAACACUGUGGAGCCUAAGAAAGUUAUGGUGACUAAAUAUCAGAGUCAGAAGCAACAACAGAUGGAUCCCUGCAUAAGGAAGCAAUGUAGACCAAUACUGUUCACCAAUUCCAGAGACCCUAGAGUCCAAGCUAACACAAUUGCCCUGUUAAAUGCAAGGUAUGGAUCUGGAGAAAACACUGAAAUUAUCAAAGAAAAAUGUACUAAUGAAAACCAUGAGAAAGAAAGUAACGUCAAGUCAACCUUCAACAUCUCUGAAGACUUAUUUAAAGAGCACGAUUUUGAUAUAAACAUUGACCUGCAGAUUCCCAGCUCAGGAUCAAAUGCUCUGGCCAUAUCGUCAAAAGCUCCCGAUGCAAAGGGUGAAACUCAGAGAUCUUUAAAUUUGGAGGACUACAAUAAAAGGAUGGCCCCAUUCUAA